UGCUGCCCACAAAGGCCAUGGAGGAGAGGUUGGAAGCCAAGUUCAGCAUUAGCGCCCGAUUUCUGUCACGAUACUGCCUGGGAAAACCUGCAAGGGAGCUGAGAAGUCUGCAGCUGUUCUACCUGUGUGCUUGCCUGUGUGCCUUGUGCUCCUCAGCAGAUGCAAACUGGAACAGAACUAAAUGUGAGCCGGGGAAGAUCCUGUUUGGUGGCCGUUUGAGAUCGUGGGGAGAUCACCAUUUACAGCUUCUGGAAGGAUUUCAUACUGUAUUAUCCUGUCAGAUUGCUUGCUGCCAGAGCCCCACCUGUGAUGCCUUUUGGUUCUUGGAAAAUAUGUGCAUCCAGGUGAACUGCACUAUGCCUGGCAUGUGUCAGGCAAACAGGACUGGCUUUUCUGACUCUGUUUUGGUGUUUUUAAAGAAAUCAAAAAGCACAGAGCACUCCUUAAAGUUUCAAACGAAAGGUGAUGUGAAGACCUGGUUUCACAAGUGGUUGGACUGGGGCAUCCCUGUCCAGGGGAAAAAAAGACUGCGGAGGUCAUUCCAGAAAUGGAGCUUGGCAGGUAACAGGGUGGAACUCCUGAAAAGGGAUAUAGCAGCAAGCCCCAGCAGUGAGGCUGCAGCCAGAGCAUCAGAUAGCAAAUCUAGAAGCAGCCGAAGUGAAGCAGAGCACUUGAAGGAUCACGUACUGAGGCGCUUAGUGGCAGACAGGCCUGUUCCUGAAGGCCAUCCAAAUCAAAAGAAAGACUCGCUGAAAGAUGGACAGAAUCCAAGAGAGCAGAAAACCAAAAGCCUGUUCCCUCCUAAAAGCAAUAAUGUGAAUAGAUCAAGUGAUGCAGACGAUGUUGGCUUGCUACAGACCCACACAGGAACAUCUGCACCAGAACCAUCAGUGUUGGCUACAUUCUCCAGUCCUGUAGCACAGGGCUUGACAGCCACAGGGAAGACCGAGAAGCCUGGGCAGCCAGAUGAUGCUUUGGUCCAUCCUCACUCCUCAGAUGUGUUGCCCACAGUCAGCCCCGUGCCGGGGAAAAGCACAACGAAGAUGCAGACAGCUACUUCUGUGCCAAGUGGUGUUCCCACAAAUGGCAGUGUUUCUACUAUCCAGACCAACACUGCUGCAUCACCAAGUACUACUGCCACCACACCAGUUAUGAAGGAGCUGGUAGUUUCCGCUGGAGACAGCGUCGAAGUGACCCUGCCAAAGAAUGAAGUUCAGCUGAAUGCGUUUGUGCUUCCUGAACCACCACUUCGAACCACUUAUUCCUAUGAGUGGGAAUUGAUUACUCAUCCAAAAGACUACGGUGGAGAAAUGGAAGGGAAGCACUCCCAGACCCUUAAGUUAUCUAAGCUUACUGUUGGUCUGUACGAAUUCAAAGUCAUUGUUGAUGGGGAAAACGCACAUGGAGAGGGUUACGUGAAUGUAACAGUGAAUCCAAAGCCUCGGGUGAAUCAGCAUCCUGUUGCCAUCGUGUCCCCACAGUUCCAGGAGAUUUCACUCCCAACCAUUUCAACUGUUAUUGAUGGCAGCCAAAGCACUGAUGAUGAUAAAAUUGUCAGCUAUCACUGGGAAGAACUGAAGGGUCCUUUGCGGGAGGAAAAAGUUUCUAGUGAUUCUGCCGUAUUGACGCUGACCAACCUGGUACCCGGGAAUUACACAUUCAGUCUAACAGUAGUGGACUCGGAUGGCGCCAGCAAUUCCACCACUGCAAACUUGACUGUGAACAAAGCAGUGGAUUAUCCUCCAGUGGCAAAUGCGGGCCCAAACCAAGUCAUCACCCUGCCUCAGAACUCCAUCACCCUCUACGGGAAUCAGAGCACCGAUGAUCACAGCAUUGUCAGCUAUGAGUGGCUGCUCAGCCCUAACAGCAAAGGGAAGGUGAUGGAGAUGCAGGGGGUAAGGACACCAGUCUUACAGCUCUCUGCAAUGCAAGAAGGUGAUUAUACUUACCAGCUAAUAGUGACCGAUUCUGCUGGGCACCAAUCCACUGCAGAGGUCACUGUGAUAGUCCAGCCAGAGAACAAUAAGCCCCCAAAGGCAGAUGCUGGUCCAGAUAAAGAAUUAACUCUUCCUGUGGACAGCACCACUCUAGAUGGCAGCAAGAGCUCAGAUGACCAGAAGAUAAUCUCCUUUCUUUGGGAAAAAACACGGGGCCCAGAUGGUGUCAAGCUGGAGAAUGCCAACAGCAGCAUUGCCACUGUAACAGGCCUUCAAGUUGGGACAUACGAGUUUACUCUGACAGUUAAAGAUGAGAGGAACCUGCAGAGCCAAAGCUCCGUCAACGUCAUUGUCAAAGAAGAGAUAAACAAGCCGCCAGUUGCAAAGAUUGCUGGUAAUGUUGUCAUCACCUUGCCCACAAAUACAGCUGAGUUGGAUGGAUCAAAGUCCUCUGAUGAUAAGGGAAUUGUCAGCUACUUGUGGACCCGGGACGAGGGGAGCCCUGCAGCUGGGGAAGUCUUAAAUAAUUCAGACCAUCAUCCUGUCCUUCUCCUGUCCAAUCUGGUAGAAGGGACCUACACAUUCCACCUCAGAGUAACAGAUGCUAAAGGAGAGAGUGAUGUGGAAAGGACCACAGUGGAAGUCAAACCUGAUCCUAGGAAAAAUAACCUUGUGGAGAUAAUUUUGGAUGUUAACGUCAGCCAGCUGACUGAGAGGCAGAAGGGUAUGUUCAUCCGACAAAUAGGCGUUCUGCUGGGCGUCCUCGACUCGGACAUUACUGUGCAGAAGAUCCAGCCAUACACCGAACAAAGCACGAAGAUGGUGUUUUUUGUACAGAACCAGCCACCCCAUCAGAUAUUCAAAGGACGAGAGGUAGCCUGGACGCUAAAAAACGAACUACGGAAACAACAGUCGGACUUCCUCAUCUUCCGGGCAUUAGAAAUUAACACAGUCACAUGUCAGCUGAACUGCUCUGAGCAUGGACGCUGUGACUCCUUCACCAAGCGUUGCGUCUGUGACCCCUUCUGGAUGGAGAACUUCGUCAGGGUGCAGAUGGGAGACGGCGAAAGCAACUGUGAGUGGAGUGUGCUGUAUGUGAUCAUUGCAUCUUUCGUCAUUGUGGUUGCCUUUGGAAUCUUACCCUGGAUGGUGAUCUGCUGCUGCAAGAGACGAAAAGGAAAAUCCAAAAGAAAAAGCAAAUACAAGAUUUUGGAUGCAACGGAUCAAGAAAGCCUGGAGUUAAAACCAAAUCCCAAAGCAGGUGGCAGACAGAAAGCCCAGGUCCUCAACACUAGCCUGAUGCACUCUGAGUCUGAACUGGACAGCGAUGAAGCCAUCUUCACGUGGCCCGACCGUGAAAAAGGGAAACUGCUCCGUAGCCAGAAUGGCUCCUUGCGCAAUGGACAAGUGAUGCUCAAACCCAAGAACCAGAGGGAGGAAAUCCUAUAGCUCCCCUCAGGCGGCCUUUUGCUGGAGCUCAGUGGGAAAGGCCGUCCCUGUCCUAGAAGGGCCUUUGGAGGCCAGUUUGAUUAGGACAAUGCUGCUAACUCGUUUCAUAGAAAAUAACUUUGGUUUUGUGGGUUUCUUUUCAUUCAGUUAAAACUGGUUGUACUUGAACUUGCAAUUCAAGGGAAAUCAAAGGGAGGAGAUGGCAACUGUGAACCCCAGGCGAAGCAUCAGGAAAGGACAGAGCUGGCAUCUGGAGAGCAGCAGGACAGAACCACUUGGAGCAACUGUGAAUGCGUAGGACCCUCCUAGCCCACCUCAGACUGCAGUGGAGGAAACACCCAUGGACUUCCAGCUCACUUGCCUCAGGAGCUCCUGGGAGAAGGAAGGUCAAGGCUGUGCUUUGAGCUGUGCUCUGAGCUCCCUUCAGGCUCCGGUAGCCUACCACAGGCUACUUUUGCUGUCGAACAGCUUGCUUCUCUUUUACUUCCAUCUUCCCUAAUGGUUUAAGCACUAUUUCAGUUUAGACUUGUCCUUUCACAUGCACUUAGCUGCUUUUGGAGUGUAGAGGAGGGGGAAUCUAAACACUACGGUCACAUUCCAUCAGCUUGCAGGUAGGAGAGGGUUUUGUAGCUGUUCUAAAUUACUGUCAGGCUCUUCUUACUGGGAGUGUUGAUGACAUGGUGCCUGUUCAGAUGUGAAAAGCUGACCUGUCUGCGGUAAUUGGCUGGGCUAGGAGACCCCCUCCUGCAGCAAGCUCUCCUGCUGGGUACCAGAGCCAGGAGGGAACACCCACCUUUGGUACCUCUGUCUAACGUCUGGCUUAAUUCCAAAGCUGUGAGAUGUUCAGUGGCCCCAGCACCUCCUGUUGGUCACCAAGCAGUCCGUGAGUCUGGACAUUAACCAUAUCUCAGUUAUGAAACGCUAUAUACUGUGGGUUUUUUCUUUUUUCCUUAAAAUUUGCACAACCUAGGCAAAUGGGGGGUGAUAUCUUCAGUCCCCGGCAGCUGGCUGCUCCCUCUGGCUGGCAGCUUAGUGACCUCAUGUUGUUAUGGCUGAAGAGCCCUGCGUGCUCCUAACGCAGUGCGAAGUACGCGCUUGGUGUCCUUUAGUUGGUGGAAAGGGGAACUCUCGGUACCCGAGGACAUCGCAUGGUGAGUGCCAGCAGCAAGUGGCCGUGUGUCUCUGCUGCCUGGGCUCUGGGAGGAAGGUGUGUGGUGGUCCUUUUCCAUACCCGCUCCUUUAUCUCACUGUGCUGCUUUCGUGAGUUGCACCCCAGUCCUCGGGCAGAAAUCGGCCUCUUGCUGGCAUGAAGGAUGCCACUGCUCCUCUGUGGAUGGGUGGGCAGUUUAUUGCCUUUCUUUGUGUUUAACUUAAAAACUGGAAACUUGUUUCAUUGGCUUUUUUUUUUUUUUUUUAGCUAUGAAAGCCAAAAGGCUUUAACUUCCUCGGUUGUAUUUAUAUUGCUGCACUACUGAUUUGUGUUGAGCUAGAUGAAGAUUAAACACUAUUGAAUGCGAGGGAAUGUUCCCUCGCUGAAUGUAGUCAUGGCUGCUGCUAAGUUUAUUUUUCUGGGCAAUCAGCUGUCUUCCUCAGGCACCAGCACUGGAGCCUGCUGCUCUCCCGAGUACCGAGGCAUUAGCCUCGUGCCCUCCCGACUCUGCCAGGCACGGGGCUUGCCUCUCGCUUGCCUGCGUCACGGCACAGGCCACCCUCCAGCUUGUCUGUCUCGUGCGCAGCUGGUGCUCCGAGCCAGGCUUCCCCUUCCCGGGCUGCUCCUGCACCCGCUCUCCCAACGGCUCCUUCCCUCCAAGCCCGCCUGGGACCACACACGGGGAUGGCCGACACCGGGAUGCUCCCCGUGGCGUGCCUCAAAGGGGCACAGCCCAGUGCUGGCUGCAGCCACUGUUGCGAGCUGUACGACAGCCAGACACUUAACUCUUGGGUAACGUCACCUUCUGAUGCGUUUCCCUUCAUUUGGAUGCAAGAUGAACAAACUACGAGGAAAAUGAGGUUUUGAAGCUGCAGGGAUUGAUCAGAUGUGGUCCUGGGACUGUGCCUGAAAGCGUUUUGUGCUGUUAGAGGAGAGCUGUUGGACUCUCGCCGAUUCUGGUCCUUGGGGCUUGUGCUUUUUGAGCCUCUUGCUCCUGCCCGUCCCAGGGAAGUCCUCCCUGCAGUGGAUCGGGGCUGGGUGCAGUGGCGGGGCGUUCGUUGGUGCAGAGGUCGGUACCCCUCACAGGAGAUGCAGAGCGUGCUUUCAAGCAAGCCUGGCUUCUUGUUACAGAAGAGGGAAGAAUUAAAAUCUGUGCAGCUGUUAUCGCCAACACCUUUGUUUAGCUGAGGUUAUUUUCUUCGUCCUUACAUUUCACCGUGGGGUAACAAACGUUUGGGUUGGGGUGCUUUAGUCAGCUGGCAGCACUGCCCGCUACGGCUAGAUUUUGCAGUGGGCUGUGGCGUUCCCUCCACGCUGAGCGGGUCAGUUAGGAUGGCUUCCUCGCUCGUUAGUCAUUUGUCAUCGCCGAGUGCGGGUUUGUGACAGAGCACAGCGCAAGCUCCCGUUAGACUUCUGUCUCCCAUUAGUAUUCCCUGGCUGUGCAGCCCUCUUCCUCGCUCCACGUGUUAACCCUCGGUGCCGCUGAGCCCUCACCUUUGCGGGGCUGCAAGAAACGGACACACAGCAACCGCACCCUGGCCUCGUGGGAGCACGAGGGCCUGUGAAGCUGUCGGAGGCGAGGAGACCCUCCCAGGCUGAAGGCAGUAACUUCUGGCCCAGCGUAGGAACUCCCUGACCCAGGGGACGGGGCGGACUGUCUGCUUUAGAGCGCCGUUAACGCAGACCUCUCCCAAGCUGUCUGCACGUAGAGCAAACGCGUUAUUUUGAAAUCCCUUGCCACCCUCUCCUCCUCUGCCGUGGCAUCACUAAUAUCGCUGCUGUUUUGUUACCCGAGCACCAUGAGCGGGGCUGACCUUGCUCGGGAAGGUCUCUGCAUUGCUAUGCAUUAUGAUUUCACAAUUAGAGACACUGGCUACGAGUUACCCAUGUGUGGAAGUUAAAAGCUGAGACAUCUGUUAGAUGAACCAUCAGCUUCACUUGAUUUUGUUUUCUUCUUUACCGUAUUCAAACACUGGUUAAGGCGUUUGAGGCAAAUGUUGCGAUCUAGUCAUAAAAUAGUUUGCUCUUAAAUCUUUUCUUCAUUCUUCUGUGUAGCAGGGGCUGCCCAACCUGUCUGAACUUUGGUUUAACAAUGUUUGUUGAUUGCAGUGUUACUUGGAUCAAGACUAAAAGUAAUUUUUUUUAAACAAGAUGUUUCUUGCAAAUAAACAGGGAAGAUGUUUUGCUGCU